AUGAGGCGAAGAUUUCAGCUAUGGGGCCAGCGACAGAAAUCAAAACGUGGUUCUCUAUAUGAUUCCAUGGAGCUCGAUGGCCGUACACCAAGCAAACGAGACAUGAAGAAAGAGAAUAGCACAACUAGCAUCAUCGCUAACAACACCACUGAGGAUGCUGUGGACACUGAGCAAAUAAAGGAGUUGUCUACCGAACAAACUAUAUUGAAAAUACUGAAGGUUCAAAAGGAAUUGACGAAAGUAAAGAAGAGAAUACAGGACAGGAGAGUUGUCCAACAAAUUGAGAUUCACAAUAUGCAAAGCCGAAAAAGCAAGAUGCAAAGUGAUUUGAAGUUGAUGCUAGCUGGAUCACCCUUGAAUCACUCUGAAUAUUUAGGUGUCCUCCGGGCUGUCUUUCAAGAUGAUCCCUUUCCAUCGGAUAAAAAAUUCGCGGACGAAGCAGUCAAAACAUUGAAGCAAGAACACAAGUGUCACCUAUUGCAAGGGAUGGCCACUAUGGUUUCAAAUCAAAACAAUGAAGAUCUUAUGCUAGUAAUGGGUUCAAUACCGGGCUUGAAGGAUGAAAUGAGCAAGCGAUCAGAACGGAUACGGAGUGUCCUUGAUCAAGUGAAAAAGCAAAACCUGGAGCUCAAGAAUGUUCUGCAUUACAAAGAAUACGUUAUGAACAAGAUGAAAAACAAAAUGGAAAUUCAGUUCACUCGAAGGACAAGUCUCAGUGCUGCAAUGGUUGGCUUAAAAAGCUUGGAGCUAAGGACCCUUCAAGAGUUGGCUGACGCUGAUUCUGUCGCUGAAUCUAUGGACGAUUCAGUUGGACAAAGCUCCCAUACACCUUCAAAAUGGAACGAAUAUAGAAAUAAACCUGAAUCAGCAGGACUUGCUAGCAUUUCUGAUGAUGAACCAUUUGAUGAAAACGAAGACAAUGAGGAAAGCGAAGUCGAUAGCCGAACCUCGGAUGAUGACCUAUCAGGAGAUGAUUCGAUGGACGGCUCCUUGGAUCAGAAUUCUGAUGGUGAUGCUGCGCAAGUUGGAGGAAACGAUGAAAAGUUGAAAAAGACUAGCCAGAGACAACGAGCCCAAAUUGCACGGAAACAGCUUGAAGAAAAAAGAAAUCGCAGAUAUAACUCGAACUCAACGCAUUCGAGCUUUGGCGGUUCUGAAACGUCAGAAAGUGUGUCUGGGCAUAGUGCUACCGAUAAUGGGGAUGGAGGUGAUGAUAGACAACGCAGGGCCGAGGCAGCUCGAAAACGAAUGGAAGCGAAACGAAGACAGCAAAGGCUGCAGAAAAGCACUAGUUCCACAAACGAAGCAACGGCAACAUCGGAUGAUGUGGAUCGUCAACAACAGUCGCUUCAAAACGAUACUCACGAAAAGCCACUUGAAUCGAACGGAGAAGGUUCUGCAGAGAAACCAAUGAUGUCUGCUGCACAGAAAGCACGACUAGCGCGUCAACGUAGAGCAGAGAAAUUGAGAGGAAAAAACGAAAGAGAAGCAAACAAAGGAAUCGAAGGUCAUGCUAAUGGAACGCCACAGACAACAAGUUUGGACACUUCUACACGUGACGAAGGCUUCGACAGCAGCUACCGUUCGAUAACAAGAACUGUGUCUGUGCCUCCCCCAGAAAAUUUACUACAAUCACCUCUUUGGUCAGUAGCAAAACGAGCAAAGGAUCGAACACGCACGAAGAGUAACAGGAAUCUGAACGAUCCAAAGGCGUCGCCACCUGCAAUAUCGUCGCUACCAACAUUACCAGAUUCCUCACCAGGCAGAAGGAAGGCUUCACCCGGUAGAAGGAAGGCUUCUCCAGGUAGAAGGAAAGCUUCGCCAGGCAAAAGGAAGGCUCCCGCUUCCAGACGUGUUGCUGAAAGACAAAAACGCAUAGAAGAUCGGCUUGAGCGGAAUUCACAACACAAGCAUGGAAGUGCUAGUGAAGACGAGCUGGAAUCGGACUCAAAGCCGCUUAGUUUCUCUCAACUAGCCAAAUCACAUGCAAAAGACGACUUUCCAAAAACUAGUAUGCCAUCUAUGAAUUCCGACACACAAGCACGUAUCCGAAACAGCAUGAAUAAGGUCAACGCAAACCCACCAACAAAAUCGAAUGAUGACGGCUUCACAAAGCUUGCGAAAUCCCAUGCAGACGGCAACUUCCCAACCAACACUGCACCAUCUAUGAAUGCGGAUACGCAAGCACGUAUCCUCAAUAGUAUACCUAGGAGUGGAAGUUUACCUUCAGAAAAGCCGCUGGUAAGUCCUGCUGAGCACAGAGUAUUACAAGCGAUCGCAGAUGCACAGAGAAGGAGUAGUAUGACAAAUGCACCGACUGUGAACCGAGUGAGCUCUGCUGAACAGAGAGCAUUGCAAGCAAUUGCUGACGCCCAGAGGAAAAGUAGUAUUUCAAACGCAUCAAUGGAAAAGCGAGUGAGUACUGCUGAACAGAAAGCACUGAAAGCAAUUGCUGACGCCCAGAGGAAAAGUAGUAUUUCAAAUCCACCAAUUGAAAAGCGAGUGAGUACUGCUGAGCAGAGAGCACUGCAAGCCAUUGCUGAUGCCCAAAAAGGUGGUUGGAGCCAAAACCCACCAAUUGAAAAGCGAGUGAGUAAUGCUGAGCAAAGAGCACUGCAAGCUAUUGCUGAUGCCCAAAAAGGUGGUGGAAGCCCGGAUCCACCAAUUGAAAAGCGGGUGAGUACUGCUGAACAGAGAGCACUGCAAGCUAUUGCUGAUGCCCAAAAAGGUGGUGGGAGCCCAAACCCACCAAUUGAAAAACGAGUGAGUACUGCUGAGCAGAGAGCACUGCAAGCUAUUGCUGAUGCCCAAAAAGGUGGUGGAAGCCCAAACCCACCAAUUGAAAAGCGAGUUAGCUCUGCUGAACAGAGAGCAUUGCAGGCGAUUUCGGAUGCACAAAAAGGUGGUGGAAGUCCUCCUUCAGAAAAAAGAGUAAGUUCUGCUGAACAGAAAGCCUUGCAAGCGAUUGCCGCAGGACAGAAAGAUGGGGGUAACUCGAAUGCAGACACACAAGAGCGCAUUCGAAACAGCGCAAACGUCAUCAAUGGCAAAGGCCUUGUUAUGCCCGAGAAGCAAGCAGGAAGCCCUAGCAUGCUGAGCGCAAUGCCACCGAAAAAGCAAUUAGGCAAUACGAAGAGCAACCCGGUCGCAGCAUCUCUGGUUCCAUCGCGGAAAGACAUGAUGACGAGAAAACAAUCGACUAGGAAAUUGGAAUCGACUAAGAAAAUAGACAGUGAUCGGUUAAAGGAACAACGGCUGAAGGCACAAUUGGCCCGGCAACGUUUGGAAGAGCAGCGGAAGCUAAGGCAUGCCAAUCGAAGCAAGCGCAAUUCAAACAUUGCAGAUACCAGUGAAAGUCCUGCGAAACCUGCUGCAAAAUCAUCAAGCAAGGAUGAGACAGGUACCGAUAGCAAUGCGGCUUCAUCGGCAAGUUUGCGUCGAAAUCGCACAGGCUCAGCAGGCUCCAAUCGACAAACUGCUAUCGAACGGUCGCGUGCCCGAAGAGCUCGACUCGACCGGGCAAAGAGCAACGAAACGUAG